UGCCUUCAGUGUAUAAAAACCAACAUUUACGCAGAUCGGCAUUCAACUAAUCCUCAGGCAACAUGAGUCUCAGCGGGAAGGACAAGGACGUAGUCAAAGGCUUCUGGUCUAAAGUGGCUGGGAAGUCCGGGGAUGUCGGCGCUGAUGCCCUGAACAGGAUGCUAAAGGUGUAUCCGCAGACCAAGACCUACUUCGCCCACUGGAAGGACCUGAGCGCCGGCUCUGCCGAGGUGAAGAAGCACGGACAAGUCGUGAUGAACGGAGUUGGACUGGCUGUGUCCAAAAUCGACGACCUGAAUGCAGGUCUGCUGGACCUCAGCGAGCUGCACGCCUUCACUCUGCGCGUGGACCCUGCCAACUUCAAAAUUCUGUCCCACAACAUCCUUGUGGUCAUGGCCAUCAUGUUCCCCGAGGAAUUCACCCCUGAGGUCCAUGUGUCUCUGGACAAGUUCCUGGCUGCCCUGGCUCGUGCCCUGGCUGAGAAAUACAGAUAAAGUGCAAAUAGGAGCAAGUGACGGACAGCAGAAUGAUCCUGUGUGCUCUCUGUGUACUCUCUGUCACUGUCAACAUGAAUAAAAGAUCAAAUGCAAUCAAA